AUGUUGCAAACGGAGGCGAUUACAACAGAAGGGCUGCGAAUUUGGGGCCAGGCCCCAGAUGAUCCCUUGCUUCCUAGAGUCAAGCAAGCGCUCGAGCUCUCUGGCCUUCACAGCAGAGAGCAGAUGCACUCUGACGGACACUGGUGCGGCGAAGUGAGAACCAACGCAACAACCACCGCAGAGCAUGUCCUGCUGUGCCAGGCUCUUGGCAUUGACCUUGACGCGGACCGAGAAGCAUUCAUCUCCGGGUUUCGUUCCACGCAGGGUGCUGACGGCGGUUGGAGUCUCGUCCCCGACCAUGCGGGUGAUAUCUCGGUGACAGUGGAGGCGUACCUUGCGUUGAAGAUCCUGGGGGUCUCGGAGGACGAUGCGGCAAUGCGCAGCGCACGAGACUUUGCGAUCACAGCCGGGGGUGUCGCCAGGGUCCGCAUCUUUACCCGCAUAUACCUCGCCAUGUUCGGCUUAUUUCCUUGGGCUGCUGUACCGGAAUUGCCUCCUGAGUUAAUCCUGCUACCUUCAAGUGUACCGGUCAGUAUCUAUCACUGGUCAGCGUGGGCGCGGGCCACUGUGGUGCCUCUUCUGAUUAUCUCACACCAUCGCCCAAUCUAUGCUCUUCCAGGUGGAAAGUCAACCUCAAGCAACUACCUGGAUGAGCUGUGGUGCAACCCGAAGGAUAAAAUGGUAGCAUACAAUCAUGAUCAACCGACGGCGUGGAGAUCCGACCCGUUCAUGUUGCUCUUCACUUUGGCUGACUCGAUCCUGCACCGCCUGAACGGGUUGAGAUCUUUGAAUCCCAUUCGCCGCUUUGCACUUCGAAAGUGCGUCGACUGGAUUCUGGAGCAUCAAGAGGAUAUGGGAGACAUUGGAGACAUUAUGCCGCCGCUCCACGGAGCGAUCCUUGCCCUGAGCCUUGAAGCAUACCCCCUGCAUUCGGACCCAAUCCGCAGGGGCCUCGAAGCCAUUGAACGCUUCGCAUAUCGUGACAAGCAGGGGAAAAGAAUCCAAACCAUCGUCUCUGCAUGCUGGGACACCAGCUUAAUGCUUAUUGCUCUCGGCGACGCAGGCAUGGCGUCCAGCCCGUGGCUGACAAGCUCGUUGGGAUGGCUGCAGCAACAUCAGAGAUUGGGCAACUACGGUGACUGGAAGGUGAUCAACCCUGCGUUAAAGCCCGGCGGGUUUAGCUUCGGGUAUUUCAACACCUGGUACCCUGAUGCGGAUGAUACGGCAUCCGCCGUUCUGGCAAUGAUUCGGCAGGACGAGCGGCUGGUUUGCUCUGCCUCCGUUUUGGAUGCCCUGAAUUGGCUUCUCGGGAUGCAGAAUACGGACGGCGGCUGGGGUGCAUUUGAUCGCGAUAAUAAUAACCUCUUUCUGAACAAGAUCCCGUUCAGCGAUAUGGAGGGGUUGUGCGAUCCCUCCACUCCGGACGUCAGCGGCCACGUCCUUGAGGCCUUUGGAGUUUUCCUAGCAGUCAGUGCACGGCAGGGAUUGCAGAAAGCAAAUGUCGGUGUUCUCAGCGAUCGCCUUGCGUCGGCCUCUCGACGAGCGAUAUGUUACUUGUCAGUCACGCAGGAACCAUCUGGCGCCUGGUACGGGCGCUGGGGCUGCAACUACAUCUACGGAACGAGUGCUGUCCUCUGCGCAUUGGCGUACUUUGGCUCGAAGAGCGACACGAUGUCCAAUGCCAGGAGUGUAAAAGAUGCAGUCAACCAAGCAAUCCGAUGGCUGGAGAGAGUUCAAAACCAAGACGGUGGCUGGGGCGAGACCGUCGAUUCUUAUAAAUAUCCUUCGCGAGGCGGGUAUGGCCCGUCAACGGCAUCGCAGACUGCCUGGGCGCUUAUGGCUCUACUCCCAUACAUGCCACCGUCCACAGGGGCAAUCCAACGGGGGGUGGAGUACCUUUUGCGGACGCAGACGAGGACUUCUUCUCAGGGAGCUACCUGGCACGAGAAGACUUAUACCGGCACUGGAUUCCCAAAGUUUUUCUACAUAGGCUAUUCGUUCUACUCUCAUUACUUUCCCAUGAUGGCUCUCGGCCGGUACGCUUAUCCAUGCCCCGAGUGGCAGGAGAAUUGGCGGCCGAAGAAAGAGUAA